AUGACACCUGCAAGUCUUGUCCGGGUGGCCGAUGUCAAAUUCGAACAUUACAGACCUCUUUACACCCUUGGCGUGGAUGAUCUGCGACCACGGAUAUCUUGGAAAAUCUCUGGCACCAAUGCCAACUCCUUUCGCCAGGAGGGCUACGAGAUCGAGGUUUUCAAGCACAUCGGGUCGCCCAAGAACAAUGAAGGAACAGGGGAGAGCCGUACCCUUCUAGGGUCAGCAAGGGUCGUUUCAAACUCGGCGCGGCUGGUACCAUGGCCUCUCCAGCAAUCCCUUCAACCACGUGAACGGAUAUCUGUUCGUUUAAGAGCAUUUUCAGCCGAAGCCACCACGACGUGGAGUGACGAUGCAGUCUACGAGCUUGGCCUGGUCAUGAGAAAAAAUUGGCAUGGCGAAAGAAUCGUCUCAAGCCGGCUCUCAGAAGGCUCGACUUCCUCUCCUCAAGAGACCCUUUAUCGCCGAUCCUUCCAAAUCAAGACCGAAUCCCCAAUCACACGUGCAAGAUUGUAUCUCGUUGUGCAAGGAGUUUACCGUGUACAACUGAACGGCCAUGAAGUUAGCGAAGAUGUUUUACAACCUGGAUGGACGGUUUACAACGACAGGAUCAGAUACCAGACAUACGACGUUCAAGAUCUGCUUCUACAGCCCGGAUUCAACUGCGUUGGGAUUUCUCUCGCGGACGGGUGGUUCUGUGGUCGAAUUGGAUUCAUGAGGGGACGACGAAACCGGUGGGGGCCAUACCCAACUCUGCUGUCCCAACUUGAGAUCACAUAUAGCAACGGUAGCCAUCAAGUGAUUUGUUCGGACCGAGAGUGGCUUGCAAGGCCAGGUCCCGCCUUUAAAGCCGAGCUAUAUGAUGGGGAGAGGUAUGAUUUCAACGCCGAAACACGAGGCUGGUCCGAAGCAUUUUCCGACCAGAAUUCCGACGACCUAGGCUGGGAGAAAGUCACCGUGCUUAGCCAACUGCCAGACUCUGUCAAGUUCACAGCGGGGCAUUCAGAGCCAGUGCGACCUAUUGAAAUUCUCAAACCGGUGAAGCUUAUCAAAUCUCCAUCUGGCAAGAAUAUCCUUGACUUUGGUCAGAACUUUGCCGGAUUUGUCCGUCUUACGGAGAUUGCCGGCUCAAAGGGUCACACUAUAACCCUGCGACAUGCCGAGGUUCUCGAAGAUGGUGAGCUUGCUUUGAGACCUCUGCGCGUCUGCGAAGCAAAAGAUGAGUUUGUGUUUGGCGACAAAGCCACAACUUCAUGGGAGCCUAGAUUCACAUAUCAUGGUUUUCGAUAUUGUCAGGUCGAUGGUCUCUUGGAAAAAGACCUUCUGGAGUCUGUUGAAGGGGUUGCUUGUCAUAACGACUUUGAGUCUGUUGGCGAGUUUUCCUGUUCCAAUACCCAACUAAAUCAACUAUACAGCAACGCAAAGUGGAGUAUGAGAGGAAACUUCUUCUCUAUCCCAACAGACUGUCCGCAGCGCGACGAGCGACUAGGAUGGACUGGGGACAUCGCAUUAUUUGCGUCCACUGCUCUAAAGCUUUAUGACUGCUAUGGCUUCCUUAAAGAUUGGAUGAUUGACGUUGUGAACGACCAAAACAAACGCGGCGGAGUCCCAGCCUACGUCACACCUGAUAUGUUUGACGAUGCUGGAAUUUGGGCCAAAGUUCUUCCAGUCGCGGUAUGGCAUGAUGCUGUAAUUCUUGUUCCCUGGGCUUUGUUCGAGGCAUCGGGAGACAUAGAAAUACUCCGUCUGAACUAUAAAAACAUGAAGAAAUGGUUGGAGGUGAUACCACGCGACGACAAAUAUCAGCGGAGACUUUGGAGUAGAGACUCAUUCCAACUUGGCGACUGGCUUGAUCCAACUGCGCGGCCUGAGCAGCCCAUGGAUGGGCAGACAGACCCAUUACUUGUCGCUGAUGCUUUCUUGGUCCAUUCCCUUGACUUGAUGAGCCGCAUUGCGACAAUACUAGACAUUCAUGAGGAUGCGCGGAGAUUUAAAUCUGAUGUUGCCGCAACCCGCCAGCAAUUUUUGGAUGAAUAUGUUACUGCCAAUGGUCGCCUCAGCUCUGACUCCCAAACCUCGUAUGCUUUGGCUAUUGUGUUCGAUUUGUUGCAAACGCCGCAUCAGACUGCAUCCGCGGGAGCCAGACUAGCGACACUCAUUCGUCGUAACGGCUUCAAAGUCGGUACUGGGUUCGCAGGUACACCAUUUCUUUGUGAAGCGCUCCUCCGCACCGGCCACUAUCAAGUGGCCUAUGCAACUUUACUAUGUGAAGACUGUCCCUCUUGGCUUUACCCUAUUACACUAGGUGCUACCACAAUGUGGGAGAGAUGGGACAGUAUGUUGCCAAAUGCCAAAGUAAAUCCUGGCGAGAUGACAUCUUUCAAUCACUAUUGCUUUGGCACAAUUGUCUCGUUCCUUUGCGAAAGGCUAGCGGGUCUGCAGUGUAUUGAGCCAGGGUGGAAGAGCUGUCGGGUUGCUCCACAGCCUGGCGGAGAUAUUACAUUUGCGCAGGUAAAGCAGCGAACGCCGUAUGGAUGUGUGUCUGUUGAGUGGAAUCUUGAAAAGGAAAGGUUUAGCAUGAAAGUGGAGAUCCCCCCAGGCGUUACUGCAGAGAUCUUUCUUCCUUCGGGCACUAGUGGUCCUGUCGUCGUCGGUGGUGGUCAAUGGUCCUUUGAUUGCGACUACCAGGAGGAUCAGGCUUGGCCGGUCGAGCCCAUUGCAGCCUUUCCAGACUUGAUUUAG